GCCACACAGCACUGCAAGCAGUUUCUGACUCUGGGCACAGCCCCGGAUGCCUGGGAAAGCAGGAGGGAGGCUACGAAUAGCUCUGCUUUCCUCCACAUGGCAAGACUAGCCUGGGAGUGAGGCAGGGAGAAGAUCUCCCUGUAGCUAGACAGCACAGCACUGCCAGGCCCAGCAGUUGACCUAUCUGUAACCUCAGCCAGCAGAAAAGCCUCAGGAGGGUACAAUCUGCUUCUCCUGCCCCCACCUGCCCGCAACAGAAGGAGACAGCCUGGCUUGCCUGCCACCACCUGCAGCCUGUUUGCCCUGCAGCCAGCCCAUACUGGAUCUGGGAUUUUGGAUCCCGAGACCUGACCUGCUUGCAUCUGAACCUGCGGGUUCCAAGCUCUAAAGACUUUCAGCACCGUUCCAGAAGGGUGAGGGUGUUUUAGUUCCUCUCCAGUAAUCCCCAGGAAGGACCUGCAUGCCUGCACCAGUCUUCUGAGUGCUCAGCCAGAAAGGGAAUCUGAUGACCCAAGAUGUGGCUGACUGUAGUUGUGAUAUGUUUGAUCCAUGAAACUGUGUCAACGCAAGGAUUUGUUGGCGAUAACACACCUUUUAAUCCUGAAACAUUUAUGAAUAUUAGUGAGAUUAUCACCUACUGGGGAUACCCCAGUGAAAAGUAUGAUGUUGUGACAGUGGAUGGCUAUAUACUUAGUGUUAACAGAAUACCCCAUGGAAAAGUACAUGCUGACAACACAGGUCCAAAGCCUGUUGUGUUUCUGCAGCAUGGCUUACUUACAGAAGGCAGCACCUGGCUCACCAAUGUGGCUAAAAACAGCCUGGGCUUCAUUCUGGCAGAUGCAGGCUAUGAUGUCUGGAUAGGAAACAGCAGAGGGAACACCUGGUCUAGACGACAUGUAACCCUUUCAGUGCACCAAGAGAAAUUCUGGGCUUUCAGCUUUGAUGAAAUGGCUAAAUAUGACCUUCCAGCAGUGAUUGAUUUUAUUGUGCAGAAAACUGGACAAGAGCAGUUGUAUUAUGUUGGCCAUUCACAAGGCACCACUAUAGCUUUCAUAGCAUUUUCAACCAUGCCCCAGCUGGCUCGGAGAAUCAAAAUGUACUUUGCCUUAGCUCCUGUAGCCACAGUGAAAUAUGCCAAAUCCCCAUUGACAAAGCUUGCAUUACUUCCCGAUUCAAUUAUCAAGAUUUUAUUUGGGAAUAAAGAUUUCUUACCCCACAAUUACUUUGGUGAGGUGGUUCCUGUUGAAUUUUGUAGCCAUGAGAUAUUAUCAGAGAUUUGUGGUAAUAUCCUGUUCGUGCUGUGUGGAUUUAAUGAGAACAACUUAAAUAUGAGCCGAGUACAUGUGUAUACAGCACAUGCCCCAGCAGGAACAUCUGUACAAAAUAUGAUUCAUUGGAAACAGGCAAUUGAAACUGGUAAACUUAAAGCUUAUGACUGGGGAAUCCUGUUCAACCGUUUGCACUAUAAUCAGGAUACGCCUCCCUUAUACAAUGUGAAGCACAUGCAAGUCCCAACUGCAAUGUGGAGUGGUGGAAAUGACUUGCUUGCUGACCCUAGGGAUGUUGCCCUUUUGCGUCAACAAAUCACUAAUCUGGUUUACCACAAGGCGAUUCCUGAGUGGAACCAUCUGGAUUUCAUCUGGGGCCUCGAUGCACCUAAGCGCAUGUAUAAUGAAAUCCUCGACUUGAUGAGGAAAAACCCAUGAAAAUAAUGAUCCGUGAAAAUAA